UCUCGUGGCCUUCCUUCCUCGCUUUUAGUUUUCAAAUAUUUCUUUUUUUCUCCAAACAAACAACGUCUUGUCAGCAACUCCCACCCACGCCACGCUGCCGUCGCCGGCUCCGGCCGCUAUCGCCCCCCGCCUCCCGCUCUGGCGCUGACCCGGUGUAACAUGCCGGAGCCCAAGUGCAACUUCACCUCCAGACCUCCAUGAUCCAAACUAAAACAACUCUAUUAACUGUAUAAAGUCUCAAUGACUCGUGAUCGAAUUAAUCAUCGGGGAAAUAUAUACAAACACAAGCGUAACGAAACGCAGUAGAUGACCAGCAGCUUCCUCUGUUCUCCUGCUGCUGGGGCUUCUGCAACUUUCGUCUUCUGCUUUAGGGUUUUGAGGUCGUAUUCAAAACUUCGCUUUGAUUUUCACGGGAUUUGCUCGUAAAUGGAAGGAUACAGUCACAUGGGCGAGAACGCAGGAAGUGCGAGGGGGACUUUCCUUUACGCUGGUCCAGUUCUUGCACCAAAUUCUUCAUCUGGGUAUGGGCGAAGCAGUGGGAAUAGUGGUUCUAACGUAAGUAAUCAGCAGACCCAGAUGGGUUUUAACGCUUUUCAUCUUCAAUCCGGCGAGUGCUUCCAAUCCGAGGCGCAUCCGAUCGUGAAGACCGAAGCCAGUAGCUCGCAGCAUGCUCAGAAAUUUCAGUACCCGUUGAUGAAUCAAGGGAGUAACGGUGAGAGUUCCAACGAGGUGGAAGCCAUUAAAGCUAAGAUUAUAUCGCAUCCUCAGUACUCCAACCUUCUCGAAGCUUACAUGGAUUGUCAAAAGGUGGGGGCUCCGCCGGAAGUGGUGGCGCGGCUUGCAGCGGCGCGGCAGGAGUUUGAGGCGAGGCAGCGAUCUGUUGCCUGCAGUAGAGAUGGAUCGAAAGACCCAGAGCUGGAUCAAUUCAUGGAAGCGUAUUACGACAUGCUUGUGAAGUACCGGGAGGAGCUGACGAGGCCAUUGCAGGAGGCAAUGGAGUUCAUGCGGCGGAUCGAAACCCAGCUCAACAUGCUCACCAACGCCCCUGUCCGGAUCUUCUCCUCUGAUGAGAAGUGUGAGGGUGUCGGUUCGUCAGAGGAGGACCAAGAUAACAAUAGUGGUGGAGAAACAGAACUUCCCGAGAUUGAUCCACGAGCUGAAGACCGGGAACUUAAGAACCACCUAUUGAGGAAGUAUAGUGGUUACUUAAGUAGCCUCAAGCAGGAGCUCUCCAAGAAAAAGAAGAAAGGGAAACUACCCAAAGAUGCAAGGCAGAAGCUGCUUACUUGGUGGGAGCUGCACUACAAAUGGCCAUAUCCUUCAGAGACGGAGAAGGUGGCCUUGGCUGAAUCCACUGGUUUGGACCAGAAACAAAUCAACAACUGGUUCAUAAACCAGCGGAAACGACACUGGAAACCCUCUGAAGACAUGCAAUUUAUGGUGAUGGACGGCCUUCAUCCGCAGAAUGCAGCCCUUUAUAUGGAAGGUCACUAUAUGGGCGAUGGUCCUUACCGUUUGGGGCCAUGAGCAACGAGCGAGCGAGCGAGCUAGGUAGCUACUGGCAUGAUGGGAUUAUUGAUGGGUUGGAUCAAUCAACUCCAACGUUGCAGGAUCACUUCGAAAGUUGAAGUAGUUCGGUUCUCUCGGGUGUACUGCUAGUUUGAUGUUACUUGUUAUGCCUAUGCAUGUGAUUGUUAAUAGUAAUACCAAGAGUUGGGUAUUAAUCUCCCG